UCGGUCAAGUCCCUCGUCGAAGUAAAAAAACCAAAACCCUCUCCGAACCCAGCGACUGCUCCGGCGGCGGCGGCGCGUUGAGAUGGCUGACGACGCGGAGAGCGAGCGAACCGCGGUCGCAGCGGAAGACGGGGGACAGCUACCGGCGUUAUCGAAGAGCGCGAGGAAGAAGCAGCUGAAGCAGGAGCGGCAGGCGGAGCGGAAGGCGGCCCGGAAGGCAGCGGAGAAGGAGCGCCGGCGCGCUGACGUGGAGCGGAGGAGGCGCGAGUGGGGGGAGGCGCUGGCCACCGCGCCAUCGGAUGAGGCGCGAGUGGAGAUGAUAGCGGCGCGGCGGGAGACGCGGCGCGAGCGGGUGGGGCGGCGCGCGGAGGAGCGCGGGGCGCGCGCCGAGCGGCUCCGGCGCGCGGCUGACGGCGCGGGCCAGAAGGUGGUGCUCGACCUCGAGUUCGCCGAUCUCAUGCGGCCCAACGAGAUCCAUAGCCUUACGCAGCAGAUUAUGUACUGCUAUGCAGUGAAUGGGAGAUCUGCAAACCCAGCUCACCUGCGGUUGACAGGUUGCAAUGGAGAAAUGGCGACCCAUCUUCAGAGAAUUCCUGGGUAUGAUAAGUGGAUCAUUGAAAAAGAGGCCAAGCCUUAUCUUGAAGCAUUUGAAGAUCGUAAAGAAAACCUUGUGUAUCUUACAGCGGAUGCUGAGAAUAUGCUUGAUGACCUGGACAUGUCAAAAAUAUACAUCAUUGGUGGCCUGGUGGAUCGAAACCGAUGGAAAGGCAUAACACUGAAAAAGGCAGUUGAGCAGGGCAUUCAAUCAGCGAAGCUUCCUAUCGGAAACUAUUUAAAGAUGUCAAGUUCUCAGGUUCUUACAGUUAACCAAGUGUUUGAAAUAAUGCUAAAGUUUGUGGAAACAAGGGACUGGAAAACUGCAUUCUUCCAUGUGAUCCCACAGAGGAAGCGAGGAGAAGCUGAAGCUGGAGAUGAUGGAGUGAAAGUAUGCUUGGGUGAUGAUGAUGAUGGCGCGGCGGAAGGGGCUGCAAAUGGAGAUCUUUCUGAGGAAGACCUCAACAAGGGUGACCUCAACAAGGGUUUUGAUGAGGAGGUGAGUGAUGAUGAGGAUGAAGAACUCGAUGUCUCUAAGAAGAGGCAGUGCGUUAGACCUGAAAACGGAGAAGCUGGGGAUCUCUCCUCCGGUGCUGUAGCAGAGGCGACGCCUGCCGGGGACGCUAACCCCCAGGCUGAGCAGUGAGCAGUGCAAAGGCAACAGUGGCGAGGACCGAAGAAUAUUGAACCCUACGUUUGCCACUGUUUUUCAGAACAGCCUUGUUCAUUUGGAUUUAUGGGGGGCCUUCCUGACAUCGAUGUAUUUUACUACUGUAUUCCUGUUGUGUUUUUGGACCAAACCAUUAUUUAAUCAUCAUUAUUACAACGGGCCCAACGCCUUGCAA